AUGGCGAUCGAGACCUUGCCAGAGCCGCCUUCUUUCGAGACAACAAAGCGGCUGCUAGCUUCUUUAAUCAACGAGGGGCUGGCCAGUGCGACGAUUCAAGGAAAAACGGCCGAACCCAAGAGCAUUAUAUGCCUGAGAAAGAAUGACAGCCCUGAUGAGGAUAUCAGCCUUCUGGUGAAAGCAGCGCCUGGGGCGUUGGUUCAGGAUCGCGAUGGCGAGGUGCUGCCAGUAAUACAGCCGAGCAUGUUCUGCCCUCCAGUCCUUGUAGCCAGUAAAGGUGUUCAGCACGAAACGGUAGAGGCUGGGGAACUUUUCGCCCUCCUGAGCCCGUGGUUUGGAGAUUUGGCCAGCCAAGAUGUCCUCGACGAAAUCUCACGACAUCUGCAGAAUUCGGGAUCGAACCAAGGUUAG